AUGAUUUUAUACUUUUGACAAGUAGGAAAAUAAAGCACAAAAGGUUAGAAGGCGGGAUCGCCCAAGGUUUUCUUGAAAUAAGGUACCUAUUUUUUGGUUUCAUACAAAACAAAAACAGAUUUUAUUAUAUCCUGCCUCAAAUACGCAUUAUUUUGAAAAACACUACAUGACAACUUUUAUUUCUUACAUAAUUUGCCGUCGAAUAGCAUUUUUAAAAAUAGUUUAUCCAAAAAAAGCAUCGCAUGUUGAUCCACUGUGCGACGUAUCGCGCCGUGCAAUAACAUUAAGACGUAAAGAGACUUCGUGCCUCUACUCUUUCCCAUAUUACAGCUUGGCAAAAAAGAGUAGAAAUGGAACUAAUUUUUUACACCACUUACUGUUUUCAUACAAAAGAUAGUUGGAAUAUGCAAGACGUUUUACAUAGACAGUGGCGCCCCUAUUAUUUUCUACUUUUUUUGCCCGACUGUAAUAUAGACGGUCAAGCAAAUAUUAUGAGAGCAAAAUUCAAAUUUUCUAUGGGACGAUAUUAAUGUAUGGGCACAUUAUUCAAAUUUGCCGCCAUUUUUUACUCUCAUGAUUUGCUUGACCGUCUGUAGUUACAUUAUCUAGGUUAUUAACAUGACAAGUAAGUGCCUUACUUGUUAUGGCUGAUGUAUUUAUUGGGUAAAAUAAAAAUCUGGUACUGGCAACAUUUUCAAGUUGUCAUCCAACAAACCAAAUGCUAACGGCCGAAUGUGAUGCUCGUGUGUUCUUUUUCUUUUCGCUCCUUUUUUGCGUCGUUGUCAUUGCAGUGAAAGUGUUUCAUUUGAAAAUUAACUUAGUGAUCGCGAUCGCAAGUAUACCUACUAAAAUAAUGGAAGAGGAUACAGAAAACAUAUUGGUAUCCUGGGAUGUGCCGUCAGAAGUCGUCGAGAACUUCAAAACAACAUCAAACCAGAAGAGUUCAAUUUGCUAGCUGCAAAAAUUGUUUCUCUUUUCCCAACUGAAAGUAUAUAUAUCUACUAUAUGAAAGCUGUGCCAACAUGCAAAUCUGCUUCAAGAAAAUAUGUGCCCGCUAAAGGCAAAUUAGUGGACAAGGUUCGAAAUCUCCUGUACAUAUCAGGAGCAAAGCGCAGGAGCAUUAAAUCCACUUGCUCUAAUAAGGAUUCGGAUACAGAUGUAGAGUCUGUGGAAAAUAAUCAAGAGACUGCCUCAAAUGACGACGCUAUUUGGCUGAAACAUAACAAUGAGCCAUGGGACCAAGUUUGUGAAAGGUGGAAUAACACCUUUGAAUUAAGACACAAACAAAAAUUUGAAACUGUACAUGAUUUUCUCGAAACCUGGGCCAUUUUAAAAGACGGCAAAGCAGAUACUCUGAUACUUUUGGAUUUUGAGAAACAGUUUAAAGAGAAGUCGCUUAACUUCUUUAAAAACUGGGAACUAUUUUUCUCGAAACUUUUGAAGCUUAGAGAAAGUGUCGUGACAAAUGAUAAUGCAAAAGCAUUAAUUGAAGGAUUAGGGAAUAUCAUUGACGAUGACAAAAAAAUUCCGGUGCAGAUUUACCUGCUAGGUUUUUUAAUACCACCCAAAGGCCGAAAAUCUAGGAAAGUCAAGUUCUCAACCACUGAAUCAAUCCAGGGCUUAUUAGUUCAGAUAGAUGACGCCGGAGAUAUCGACAGCGUAAUCGCAGCCCAGAAAGCUAAGGCUGCAGCCCGGAAGGAUACCGUUCAACCCUUCGUGCUCAUACAAGGACCGCUACAAAACUUCGCCCAGAUAUACAUCGUUAUUGAUGAUAUCAAAUACCACGUGCAUUCAGCUGCAAAGGCGUUCGACUUAUUGUUUAAGAUUUAUCACGUUUUCCACGCCAAGUAUCCCCAAGUGUGUGAGCACCUCCACAUAAUUAUUCAAAAAAAAGUGUAUCAAAUCCAUACAGCGUAUGAUACAGUACCACCGUAUAUAGUUGACGUUUUAAACUUAGAUGUGUAAAAUUUGGUCUUCGUUUUUUAUAAAAGUUCUUGAAAUGUAAAAAUAUACUAAGGUAUAGAAAUUUCUUUGGUCUUAUGUACCCACUUAAAAAGUAUUUCAUUGUGUAAGGUAUUUGCACCAUCUACAAUUGACGUGAUUUGUUCUAAGUUUGUCUUGUAGAGAAUACUCUGUGGCGUCAACUACGCCUAUCAUUCGAAAAAAGUUAAAUAAAUUCAUAAAAUGCUUUGUUCCGAGUGCAAACUCGAUCUUGGUACUUUUAAAAAUACAUUUUACAUUUGGAACUUAUUCAUAAAAUAAAAACUAAUUAUCAAUGUCCUAUUGAAAAUUGCCAGAGAACGUAUUGUACAAAGUAUUCUUUAAAAGAUCAUUUGACAUUUUUUCAUAAAUUGUUUGAUAAUCGCCGACUUGAUAGUAAGCCAAUAGAAAAAACAUCGCAUCCGAAUUCUCCAAUGUGUACUAAUAUAUCGAUCAAUAAAACUAUAACACAUGAUCCUAUAGAGUUAAACAGUUCUACUAAACUUAAAUCUAAUAGUGAGAACUGUAGCCAAGACAGUGAAAAUGUAACAA